ACCCAGCUUCCCCACUUCAUUCUAACCUUUGUUCUUUACAACUCAAGUCUCUUUCUCUCCAUUCCUUUCCCUCCAUUCCUUUCCCAUUCUUUCCUCCUGCCAUCCCUCUCCAUUUUUGCCACUUGUUGCUCACUGCUAACUUUCUGGCCUUACAUUCUUUUCAAAUUCACUUGGGUUCCAUGGAGUUCAAUCGAGUUCCUGCUGUGAUGCUUUGGAUCACGGCCAUUUUGGUGGCGGAGAACUUGAGCAAUGUGCAAGGAAGAUACCAUUUUCACAAGGGACAAAAGAAACAGAACCCUGAUGAACAGCCCUCUCUUCCAUCCCCUGUUUAUUCACCACCACCGGAAGACUCGGUUCCUUCAACUCCAGCUGACCCAGCUCCCUCAGUGCCAUCUGAUCCCUACCCUGAUGAUCCAGGAAACACCACUUCUGACUGUGUUUUUGAUGUCACUAAUUAUGGGGCGGUUGGAGAUGGUUGUGCUGAUGACACUGCUGCCUUCAGGGCAGCAUGGAAAGCAGCCUGUGCUGUUGAAUCUGCCACUCUUUUAGUUCCCUCUGAUCGUUGCUUUAAAAUCACUUCAACUAUCUUCUCAGGACCUUGCAAACCAGGACUUGUGUUUAAGGUGGAUGGAACCCUGAUGCCACCGGACGGACCAGAGUCGUGGCCGAAGGCGGACAGUUCGAGGCAAUGGCUCGUGUUUUACAGGCUGGAUCAAAUGACAUUGACUGGAACUGGAACCAUCGAAGGGAAUGGCCAAAAAUGGUGGGAGUUGCCAUGCAAACCACAUAGGGGUCCAAAUGGGUCGACUCUGCCAGGACCAUGUGACAGCCCUGCGUUAAUAAGGUUCUUCAUGAGCAGUAAUUUGGCAGUGAGUGGACUGAGAAUUCAGAACAGUCCACAGUUCCAUAUGAAAUUCGAUGGGUGUGAAGGAGUUCUGAUAGAGAAGCUGUCAAUAUCUUCCCCAAAGCUCAGUCCCAACACUGACGGAAUCCACAUAGAGAAUACCAAAGGAGUAGGAAUAUACAACUCCAUGAUAGGCAAUGGUGAUGACUGCAUUUCAAUCGGGCCCGGCUGUGCCAACGUAGACAUUGAAGGCGUCACUUGUGGGCCGAGUCAUGGAAUCAGCAUUGGGAGUCUGGGAGUCCACAAUUCACAGGCAUGCGUUUCCAACAUAACAGUGAGAAAUGCAGUGAUUAGGGAAUCCGACAAUGGAGUGAGGAUAAAGACAUGGCAAGGAGGGUCUGGUACAGUGAGCGACAUCUUAUUCGAAAACAUACAGAUGGAGAAUGUUAGAAACUGCAUCAUAGUUGACCAGUACUACUGCUUGUCCAAGGAUUGUCGUAACCAGACAUCGGCUGUGUUUGUGAACCAAGUCUUGUACAAGAACAUCAAAGGAACUUACGACGUUAGGAACACUCCAAUUCACUUCGCGUGCAGCGACACAGUGGCCUGCACAAAUAUUACAAUGUCUGAAGUAGAAUUGCUACCACAUGAGGGUGAAUUGGUGGAAGAUCCUUUCUGUUGGAAUGCAUUUGGGAUUCAGGAGACUUUGACCAUUCCUCCCAUUGAUUGCUUGCAAGAAGGAGCACCUCAGAAUGUCGCAGAGACCUAUGAAUAUAGCUGCUGAAGUACAAUAAUAAUACCGUAUACAGCCACCAUAGCACACCAGCCAAGUGCCAUUUUCUGUAUCUGGGUAUUGAUUAUUGUCGCUUAGGCUCCAACUCCAUCCCUUUCUGGGUUCAUUUUUAAUCCUCCCACAUUGAGCGAUGUGAUGCCCUAUUGUAGACGGUAGAAUAUAGAUGAUGCCCUCUCUUUUUGGCCGUCUACUAUAUACCUUGAGUAAUUUAUACAACCAUAUGCACCUUUAUGUCU